AUGCCCGGAGUGCUCCAAAUGGCAUCAAUUCUGCGCCCAGAAGUGCCCGACUUCAGGGUGCCCCUGACUCCAAUCCUUUCAGUUGAGGUGGAGAAACCCAACCUCGAAGUGGCGGCUCUUCUUCCGCUGCUGCAGCGUUGUGACGUGGCGUUCUUCUCCAGUGACUUUAUGAGGGGCCGAGCCUCCGACUUACUUGGCGAGGAGGCUGCCACCGCAUCCGCCCCUGGUCAAAGCAACCAGAACUGGCGGGCGCACUUAGCCGUCAAGUGCUUGCAGGCCCUGGCAGCCAAGGCCAACUGCCGGCAAGCGCUGUGGAUCUGUCCCUGGGGAGCCUUUGGUGCGUUUGCGCUGGAGCUUCCUGACGGCGAGGUUUACUUUGAGAGGGCGCUUGUGGUCAAGGCCGUGGAUUCCUUGGGUGCUGGCGACACUUUUGUCGCCGCAAGCCUGUGCGCGCUGGGAAACGGUGCAGAUCCACAGCAGGCUUUGAGAUGCGCCUGUGCAGUUGCAGGGAAGAAAGUGCCAUGCGCCUAG